GCCUUUUCAACAACGGGUUCCUUCUAGCCGCCGUUGAUCCUUCGUACUUUUUUUUCUAUGCACCUUUACAGUGACACCUGCAGCCUUGCCUAACUGCGCCGCCUCUACAGUCUGACUAUUUACCAUAAUUAGCUAGUCGCUACAAAUCAACAACGCCGCGGAGGAAACCCCCAACGCGUCACGACAGACGAGCGUCAUGGCCUUUGCCGUCAUCGGACGAGCAUCUCGAGUGGGUUUGUCGUCGUGGAGCGGCCGCGGAGCAUUUGCAACUAUGGCUAGCCUUCGCAGCUUCUCGUCGUAUCUUGUCACGCCGAAAGAACUGGACGAAGCUCUCAAGAAGAACCCGCCAUCGUCGAUUAGCACCGACCCGAGAGUAAUCCCCCUUUGCGCUUCAUGGUUCCUCCCCAACGAUGAGCGCUCCGGCAUCCAAGUCUUCCGCGAGCAGCGUAUACCCAAGGCCCGAUUCUUUGACCUGGACAAGGUCAUUGACAAGCGCAGUCCCUACCCUCAUAUGCUUCCCCAGGCGAAGCACUUCGCUGCGGCCAUGAGCGAGCUCGGCAUCCGCAAGGAAGAUACAGUGGUUGUCUACGAUACAAAGGAGCUUGGCAUAUUCAGCGCACCUCGUGUUGGAUGGACUUUGAAGAUCUUUGGUCACGACAACGUCCACGUGCUUAACAACUUUAAGCUCUGGGUCGAGGAGGGUUUCCCAACGGAAUCAGGAGAGCUCUAUAACGUAGAGUGCUGUCCGUACCCUAUUCCCGAGCUGAAUGAGUCAAGGGUGGCGGAUUACGAACAAGUCCGAGAAAUCGCACAGGAUUAUAACAAGGAGGGCGCUGAGGGCGUCCAAAUCCUCGAUGCUCGACCAAACGGCCGCUUCACAGGCGAAGCACCGGAGCCAAGAGAAGCCUUGUCUUCUGGACAUAUGCCUGGCUCCAUCAGCAUCCCUCAUUCAGAGCUCCUGGACCCUACAACUAAGGCCUUUUACUCCCCUGAGAAGCUCAAGAGCAUCUUCGAGAGCAAGGGCGUGGACCCUUCAAAACCAAUCGUCAGCAGCUGUGGCUCUGGUGUGACAGCUUGUGUUAUUGAGACAGGCCUGGAAGUUGCGGGCUAUGGCUCUCCUGAUUCCAGAAGAGUGUACGACGGUAGCUGGACUGAAUGGGCACAGAGAGUGCAGCCAUCCGACAACUUGAUCCUCAAGGAUCAGUAAGAAAUUACACCACGAAUAUACGGGGACCGAUUCUGACUUUACAUGUCUUUUUUGUUUUCGUUGAACUUCUAUACCCUCCUUUCCGUAUUGCGAGCCGUACGAGGAUCGCUUUUGUAUGAUUAUGUGAAAGAUCUUUAUUUCGUUGAUACUAUCCAAUCCAGCUCAUUCUGUUAUACUCUUGUCCAGUUCGUACAAUGUGUCCAAAUUCAACAUAUUCGCAUUCAUAAUAUCACAAUAAUAAAUCACGAUAAAUCAACAUUUUGCAGUCAUUACGCUGGUCCAACCAGAUAAAAUGACCCACU